GAGUGGGGACAGACAUCUUCUGGAGAGUGUGCAGCCACAAUCGGCUUCUUAAUCUGCAAAAAAACUUUAAGUAAAAAUUACUUUUGGAACACUUCUGCAUCAAGAUGGAGGAUAAAGUCACAGAUUUCUCUGGAAAAUGGAAAAUGAAGUCUUCGCAAAACUUUGAGGAUCUCUUGAGAGCUCUGGGUGUGAAUGUGUUCCUGAGGAAGAUCGCAGUGGCGGCCGCCUCCAGCCCAGCGGUGGAGAUCACCCAGCAGGGCGAGAGUCUGUCCAUCAAGACCUCCACCAGCGUCCGCACCACCCAUGUCUCCUUCACCGUGGGCCAGUCCUUCAAUGAGGCCACAGUGGACGGACGUCCCUGCACGAGUUUUCCCAAGUGGGAAACAGAAAGCAAGAUCAGCUGCGAACAGACUUUACAGAAAGGUGACGGGCCCAAGACGGCGUGGACCCGAGAGCUGACCAAUGACGGAGAGCUGAUACUGACGAUGACGGCCGGGGAUGUUGUCUGCACCAGAGUUUAUGAGAGGGAAUGAGGACAUCUUUCUAAAUCUUCAUCCAACGCUUCUCUUUUCUGUCUCCACCAUCACUUCGCUUUCCUCGCCUAGAUUUCUUCUUGUCGUCCUCACAGCCAAUCAGAUGUCGGACCAGUCCACCGUGUAGAAAAAGGCUUCAGUUUUAUUGAAUGUAUGUAGAUUGCCUUUUAACACCGAAGCUGAAUUCACGCUCACAUAAAGGCCACAUAUUCCGCUUUAGAAGCUGCAUCCCAGUGUCUGAAUCCAUG